UCGUCAAAUAAAUCACACACCCCUCACCUUCAACUCCAUCAAUCAGAUUCAGACCGCGCAUUAUUUAGUAGUUUACAAUACAUUACUCACACACUCGCUCACUCACUCACUAUACUACUACUAAAACAAACAAUACAAAACAAACCUCCAGGCACCAUUCUUGUCAGAAAAGAAAACAAACGAUAUGAUAAACUAAACACUCGAGAGAAAUCUGAGUUUGAAAGCCGAAGCCGAAGCUGAAGCUGAGCCACAUUUGGUGUUUUUUUAGCUAGCUAGCUAGCUAUAUAUGGCUGCUGCGCUGGAGUGCUGGUCGAGCCGAGCCAGUACUGACGAGGACAUGGUGGAGCAGGUGCUGAUGAGAACGAACGACAGAUCGGAGGGCUCGCCCAAGGGGAUCUCCUCAGCUGGCUCGGGAGGCGUAGCCGGAGCUGGAGCUGGAGCCAGUAAGGAGUCUUCGGCAAUGCAGAAGCGGCUACAGAAGCUGAGCCGGAACGUGUCGGAGGCACUCGCUUCGUUCAAGAACACGCUGAAUCUGGACUCCGCACGUGACGUGCCACCUCUCUCUUCCCCGACGACGACGACGACGACGUCGUCUUCGUCAAAGGUGGAGAGCUGUAGAAAGGUGGUGUGGGGUAGCGUUGUAAGGAACCUCACUCAGUUGUACCCAGGUAGCCAGCUCCCUGAGAAGCUCGUCUCCAACAUUCGCAAGCAUUAUGAUUCAUUGCCACUCAGUUAUGCCCAAGCGGGAUUUGAUAUGAAAGAAGUGUUUCUUCAUAUUAAGUUGAUAGAGGAGGCAUCAGGGGAUGACCAACCAGCGAUGUUGAUUCAAGAGGCGUCAGAUGAUGAAGCUCAAGGUGAAGGGUGUGCAUAUAAGCUCACAUUUGCUUGUAACUCUUCGAUUUCAUGGCCGGCGAUGUCGGGGGCAUUGGAUAAUGUCUCCAUUUGCUGCAAGAAGAUACAGAUCUUUGAAAAGAAGGGGUUUACUCUUGGGGUUGUUAUUCUUCUGGUUCAAGCUGGGCAAGAGAAAUCCUUCAAGACCCGGGUCGAAAAUGCUCUUAAAUAUGCUAUUAAGAAGCCGAAAACUAGUACAGUGAAGCUCCCAUUUGGGCUUUGUGGGUGUCAGGAAGAGAGCACCAGAGGGAGAGACUUUGGGGAGAUUGAAGAAGAACCUGGUGACCAGAAUUUUAGAAAUGGGAUUGAAAAUUUGAACACUAAUAUUCAACUUCAGAUGCCAUUACCAACUUCGUCUUUCGUUGUUUCAGUCGAUGAAUGGCAAACGAUUCAGUCAGGAGGAGAUGAGAUUGGGAAAUGGCUGUUGAGCUCGGAUAGUCUUGAGUUUAUUGAUCAGAUUGGACCCAAUUCGUUUAAGGGAGUUUACAAGGGCAAAAGGGUUGGAAUUGAGAAGCUUAAGGGGUGUGACAAGGGGAAUUCUUAUGAAUUUGAGCUCCGAAAGGAUCUGUUGGAGCUGAUGACUUGUGGACAUCGAAACAUUCUGCAAUUCUAUGGUGUAUGUGUCGAUGAAAAUCAUGGGUUGUGUGUGGUGACAAAGUUGAUGGAAGGUGGAUCAGUUCAUGACUUAUUGCUAAAGAGCAAGAAGCUUCAGAGUAAGGAAAUUAUCAGAAUUGCUGUUGAUGUAGCCGAGGGUAUUAAGUUCAUGAAUGAUCAUGGUGUUGCAUAUAGAGACCUAAAUACGCAAAGGAUUUUGUUGGACAGGCAUGGAAAUGCUUGCUUGGGGGAUACAGGUAUUGUUGCUGCCUGCAAGAGUGUUGGUGAGGCCAUGGAGUAUGAAACUGAUGGUUAUCGGUGGCUAGCUCCAGAGAUAAUUGCAGGCGACCCGGAGAGUGUUUCUGAGACAUGGAUGAGUAAUGCAUAUAGUUUUGGGAUGGUAAUAUGGGAGAUAGUGACUGGUGAGGCUGCUUAUUCUGCAUAUUCACCUGUGCAAGCAGCAGUUGGGAUUGCUGCUUGUGGCCUUAGGCCAGAGAUCCCCAAGGACUGCCCACAAAUUCUAAAAUCUUUGAUGACAAAGUGCUGGAACAAUAUUCCUGCAAAGCGUCCUCAAUUUUCUGAUAUUUUAUCGAUAUUGCUGCGGCCAAACAACAACAGCAACAACAAUAACAGGUAAACAUAUAUUUAAUUUCUGUGGCACCUCAUCUGUUGAUACUAGUUAAUGCAAAACAGCCCCUGGUUUAGGAGUUGCUAAGCGCAAGUGUAGAUCCAAGAAGCUUAUAUAGCAGAAAUGAAGAUAUAAUAUUUGUCCUUUUUUUUA